AUGAUUGUUAAGGAUGCGGCCGGAGGCAAUUUGGAGCCGGAGCAGUAUCGGAAGAUGUUUAUUGGUGGCCUCACGAGCUCCACCACCGAUGAGACACUCAAGGAGUACUAUUCCAAAUGGGGUACCCUGGUGGACUGCGUUGUUAUGCGUGAUCCGACCACCAAACGAUCGCGCGGUUUCGGAUUCGUUAGCUUCUCAAAGCAAUCGGAGGUUGAUGCGGCAAUGGCAAAUCGCCCGCAUAUCAUUGAUGGUAAAACGGUGGAUCCGAAACGCGCUGUGCCACGUGAGCAAUCGCAACGUAGCGAGGCGAACAUUUCAUCCAAGCGAUUGUAUGUGUCGGGCUGUGAAAUUAUUGCUGACAAAAACACCGGUAAACCGCGUGGAUUUGCUUUCAUAACAUUCGAUGACUAUGAUGCGGUGGAUAAAUGCGUCCUGAUCAAGAGUCACAUGAUCAACAACUAUCGAUGUGAUGUGAAGAAGGCGCUGAGCAAGGAGGAAAUGGCAAAGGUACCCGAAAAGGUACAACAGCAGGAGCGUGAACGAAUGGAUCGUGGUGCUCGUUCCCGUGGUCCACCACUGGGACGUGCCGCUGCUGCAGCAGCUGCUGCGGGCUGGGGCCCAGCCGGAGACCGAGGUGGUUACGGUGGACAACCGUGGGGUGCUGGUCCGGGUACAACAGCAGGAGCGUGA